AUGUUUAUCCUCUUGACGGUCGACCUGAACAAUCACUUCACCCCGUCUUUCCAUGCACUCUCCGACCCCCACCACCCAGGGUCCAGUUUUCCUCUUGUCACUAUCUUCACUAUACCCCCGACAGGCAAGACCGACAGAGAACCGGUAUGCCUGGGAAAUCCAUACCUGACGACCAUUUCUAAGACAGGCGGACUAUCCUUCAUGUUGGAGCCCCGUUCAAUCCAGUCACGUCGAGGCACCGGCCCUACAUGCCGAAUUUCCCCACCCGCACAGGUACUCGCCCUCUCCAGCCCCGCAAUGGAGGGGGGGGUUGCACUGCACACCUUCUAUGGUGCCAUCUACGCUACCAUGAACAUGGUGAACGAGCUGAGAUUCGUUGUUUCCACGCCUUCAUCCACUUCUGUGGAUGAGAGUCGUCAUCAUUUUCUUUAG